AUCAAACAAAAUAGUUGGUUGAAAUUUGUGGAGUUAUUAAUGAAUUAUAAUUAUAAAAGAUUUUAAAAAUAUUCUAAGAUUAAAUAUGACUGCAAAUAGUAAAGAACGUGAAUUUCGCUAUAUUUGCCAAUGGUUCAGUGAAUUCAGCGAACUUCAAAGGGAAGACUUUGUUCCGGUAUUAGUAGAUUACUUAAUAAAAGAAGAAAUUUACAUGAAUGGAGUUCUUAAUAGUUUGUCGUCAACAGGAUGCAAUGAUAAACCGAUGAGUUUGUAUCAGUGUCGUAUAAAACUUUUUAAAGAAUGGACUCCAAAGUGGCCCGAAGAUAUGAAAUUAAAAUUAAAAGCAAAAAUUGCCGAAUUAGAUUCAAAAAUUGGUGAAAAAGUUGAGCAAGAAUUGUUAACAAUUGGCAAUGAUAAUGGCUCUCUUUUAAAUGGAAAAGAAAAUGGUCAUAUUGAAAAUCAUGAAAACGAAAAUAUAAAUCCGAUCAGUGUCUCACCAGGGCCAUCACAAGAAAAUCUUCUUGAAAAUGAACAACAACCGCAACCAGAACAAAUUCCAGCGGAAGAAAUAAAUGAACCAACAAUAGAAAAUAGAGAAGAUGCACUCGAACAGAAUUUAAUUGAAUAAAUUUUGAAAUUCAAAAUCAAAUUAAAAAGAACAAACAUCUUAAAAGAUAUUUGAAUUUUAAAAAAAAGUAAUUAGAUUUUAAUUAAGAUUUUGAUAUGUAUCUCCGCAAAAUAUCUAUUUUUUAUAAUAAUUAUUUAUUUUUUAAAUUAUAUAGUUUCAUUUUUAACAAAAUUUUGUUGAAGGUAAUAGCUAAGCUCUCAAAGAUACAUUCCAACGAAAGCAAAUUUUAAAAACAUGAAAAUCAGAAUAACUACUUUACUAAACUUUUGUGGCAUAUUUUAUGAAAAAUAUUGAAUAUUAUAAAAUUGACUGAUAAAAACAAAAAAAACUCUACAUAAAAAUGAAAUAUUUUUGAAUAAAAUUAUUUUUGUUAUUCUUUUUUUUUUUUAAAACAUAUUAGCUUUUGUAGUCGAUAAGAAAUUUUAUAAAUUUGUAAUAAACAACAUUGUAUUUUUAA